UUUAUCUGUUUUGUUUGUUUUAGAGUUGACAAAUUUGGCAUAGGGUGUGCUCUUCAGAAUCUACAGGCUAUCUACCCGUGAAGGCACCCACCUUCUUCGUCCCCAAAAGGAAACGCCAAAUUCCCCUUCGAAAACUCCAUUUUCCAUUAAAAGAGAAGAAACAAACAAAUGGCUCUCAAUCGCACCACCGCCAUUCCCAUAUCUCUCCUCCUCCUCCUCCUCCAAUCGGCUCUCGCCGCGUCAUUUCCCCUCACCGUCAGCGACGACACACCGUCAGCCUAUGAAGUCCUCCAAGGCUACAACUUCCCCGUCGGUAUACUUCCCAAAGGAGUCCUGAAGUAUGAUUUAGAUGAAUCCACGGGUCGAUUCCAUGCCUACUUAGAUGGAUCGUGUAGUUUCUCGUUGGAAGGAUCUUAUCAACUCAAAUACAAAUCCACAAUCAGCGGAAUCAUAUCAAAUAACAAGCUCACAGAUCUUUCUGGAAUAAGCGUCAAGGUCUUUUUUCUAUGGCUCAACAUUGUGGAGGUUACUAGAGAUGACGAUGAGCUAGGCUUUUCAGUAGGAAUUGCCUCUGCGAGCUUUCCAAUUGAUAACUUUUAUGAGUGUCCGCAGUGUGGAUGUGGGCUGGAUUGCCUUAAUGGGAAAGUAAGCAAGCUUAGAGUUAAAUCUUCUUUCGCUUCAAUUUAGAGGUAUUUGUAGGGAGAAAAUAUUUAAGUUAUUGAAUGCUAUGUUUUCAUAUUGGGUUGAAUUGAAGUGGAUUUGCCUAUAUAUUGAAAUUUGCAGAGUUUUAACUUUU